AUGUCCGCUCUGGAAGGUGUCUUUUACCUGUUUCCCAAGUUUCCAACUGAAAUUCGUCUAGCGAUCUGGCGCGAGUGCCUCCCUCGCCAUAUCAUGGAGCUCGACGACCAACAAGACGAUCUUAUAUGGGAUGAGCCUCCAUGCAGUAUGAAUUGGAAGAUCACAUGGACUAAUGCGGCCCCUCCUGUAAUUGCGCGUGUUUGCCGCGAGUCAAGGGCUGUUGCCUUUGAGAGCGGCCGCCCUCAGCUGCUCCCGGACGAGAAUAACCCAGAUACAUACCGCUUCAGCAAUUACAUGGUUAAACAACCCUGGCUUGACACCGCGCGUGAUGCAGUCCAUCUGAAUUGGGAGCCAUCCGUGGAUAUCGAAUGGCAAAGCUAUGAUUGGGGCGAUCCGGUCCGCUGUCUCAUGUGGUAUGCAGCGCGGACCAGGUCCCGCCAGGCCUCCAUCAUGCUCGGCCUCUUGCAGGACUUUCAACACCGCGAGAAUCCCGAUCAACCCCAUGAGCACUACAGGUGGACCCGGCGCGAGCUUGCAGACCUGAUGCGCACAAAGACAACCAGCUGGAUGGUUGUCAUUUUACCACCGGUUGUCAUACACGCCGACGUUGAGACUAGUGCGGGUUUGUUUGGCCUCCUGGCCGACGCGCGCGUGCAGCUUGUCGAUGCGGACGACAAGGCAAGGAUCAAAGAGUUCAUGGCGCUGGGCGAGGCGCCUAAUGCUACCAUUGGGGCAAGGUUCGGGCAGGAGGACCUGGUCUCGGCCAAAGAGGCGUUGCGGGAUGCAGUCAGGGCGGUUUUUGGGUCCGAGGACGAGGCUCCUGUAAUGCGCCCGGCUGUCAUGUUUCGGCUUUGCACAAGAAUGUGCAGCAGUGCAAACUGA